AUGACUAUGCGAGAUCCUUUCGUUUGCAAACAGAACAAGAGAUUACCUAAAGCAGAAAUACCUUUGGGAGAAAUCGACGGACUGAUAUUAUAUCAAAGUAGGUACGGCAAAGGAUCAUCAGCCGAGCUGGUGUACGGUGAGCCACUGCGCUUACCUGGCGAAUUUUUUGGCCAAAAUAUCGCAAGCUACACCACUGACAUCACCGACUUCUCAGCUCGCUUGAGAUCCUUUGCCGAGAAGCUACAACCAGUACCAACUCAGCACCACUCUAAACCUAAAACCUUCGUAUUUAAAGAGCUGAGCACCUGCAGCCAUGUAUUCCUUAGGGAAGACACGCUACAUGGUGCCUUGCAGCCAGCUUAUACAGGGCCAUACGAGGUUUUAAAGAGAGGCGCUAAAACCUUUAGAUUAAAAGUUAAGGGCCGAGACGUGACUGUAUCAAUUGACCGACUUAAACCAGCCUACAUAUUGUCCGACGAUACUCCCUUACCCAAACCACCUAAUCCUCCCCAACCUAAACCUCCAGAUGUUCCCCAGCAACAAGCUGGAGACAAUAUCGGAUUGCGAACCACGCGUUCCGGUAGAAGAGUACGGUUUCCGGAUUAUUAUCGUCCGUAG